UCUUCUCAACGUCAACAGUCAUGAAGAUCCUCGUCAUCGUGGUGGUGGUGACGGCGCUGGCUGCUGGUCAACAGUUCCAGCAGACGAGGGACUUCACUCCUGCUGUCAGGCUUGCUGAUCAGGGAUUCUUCCAGCAAACUGGAAGCUCUACUUUAAGGUCUGCGGAUAACAACAAGAAUCAGUUCCAGAGUUCCUCCUUCCAGUCCAACAACAACUUACAAGACACUCAGAGAGACAACUUCAGGUCUGGUUUGGUUGACAGCAGCGUCUCCAGACAGUCUGGCACCUUCCUCAACAAUGUCCAGUUCAGAGCAAAUGUUGCUGACCGCAGUAACGUCCAGGAUAAAUCACUGAAGCAGAAUCAACGCAACAACGUCAACACAGAUAACUUCCAGCAGAGAACUAGAAGCAACUUCCAGUCAGAUGCCGCAAGGCAAAAUAUUGACAAUACAUUCCAGAGCAGCUCAUCCCAACAAAGUAGAAAUGAUGGCUUCAAGACAGUCAACUCACAGCAGAAUUCUGGUAACCGUUUCCAGGGUAACUUCAACCAACAAAUUACGGAUGGUAGGUUCCAGGAUGCCACUACCAGAUCCCAGAUCAACACAAACGAUCGCUUCACCCAGCAAAAUCAGUUCCAGGAUAAUACUUUCCAAAGAUUUGGUUCUUCAUUUGAGAAUUCUGACGACACCAUCAGCGGCGUCUAUGAACCUCUGAACCUUCCCUCUGGCGCCAGCGUCCUGAUGGGUAGCAUCUCCACGUCGUUCAACUGCCUUGACCGUCCCUACGGCUACUACGCCGACCAAGACAACUCCUGCCGCGUCUUCCAUGUGUGUAAUCCCGCCCUCUUCUCUGACGGUGCUAUCCAGACCUUCCAAUACAGUUUCAUGUGCGGAGAGGGAACCGUGUUCGACCAGAAGGAGAUGACCUGCGUGAUGGAGUCGUCGGCCACCCCCUGCCAGGAAGCCUCCAACUACUACGUCAGGAACCAAGAGUUCGGUCGUCUCGAGGACAGGCAGUUCUAAACUCCCCUAACCUUCAUUGUGUUAUGAACCUGACAUCACUAACGAACAGUAAAGACAGUGUUAGUACUAUAGUGGUAUAGUUAUAUACAAGCAAUAAAUGAUGAUUUUA